CGUGCGGCGUAACCUCAGCCUUGCCAUUGAGAGCAAAUAGAACCUUUCCAUUAACGUGUCACAUAAUAUUUGUGGUCCCUCUCAAAGCCUUUCAGGAGUUAGGCACAAUUUAUGUCUCUUAAUGGCAUGAGGCUCCCAGGGAAGCUCUGACAGUUCAGAUUAAAGCGUAUCGACGUGGUGCCCGCAUGAAUUGCCCAACCUUUGUGUGCUUGCUCAGGAGGAGAUGUUGGGGGUUACUGGUUAACUCUGAGUUGCUCGUUAGGAAAUCAAGAUGUGGGUUUGGUCCGUUUGGAGAGCACGCUGUUAACGCCAGUUGGAUUGCAGUUCAGGAGCUGGAGAAGCUGGGACUGCGAGAUGACGUGGAUCUGCACGUCUAUGAGGUCCCAGUUGAAUACCAGACAGUGCAAAGGCUCAUUCCUGCAUUAUGGAAAAAGCACAGUCCACAACUGGUGGUUCAUGUGGGUGUUUCGGGUAUGGCUACGACCGUGACUCUGGAGAAGUGUGGCCACAACGUGGGCUAUAAAGGCUUGGACAACUGCCGCUUCUGCCCAGGCUCUCAGUGCUGCGUGGAAGGAGGCCCCGAGUGCAUCGAUUCCAUUAUUGACAUGGACACAGUUUGCAAGAGAGUCUCAGCACUGGGGCUGGACGUCACGGUCACUAUAUCAAAGGAUGCUGGCAGGUACCUCUGUGACUUCACCUACUACACGUCCUUAUACCAGAGUCGCGGGAGGUCGGCUUUUGUCCACGUGCCUCCGCUGGGAAAGCCCUAUACUGCAGAACAGCUGGGUCGGGCACUACAGGCUAUCAUAGAAGAAAUGCUGGAUGUUUUGGAGCAUUCUGAAGACAAAAUCAAUUGUCAGCAUGAACACUGAGAGUGGGCAGAAGUUAUCCUAGUAUUGCACUUCCAACACCUUCCCUGCUCCCGAAGUAACUGGGGAACCGGCCUGAAGCGUGGAGACCCAAGAAUUGGAGACUUCAAAAAGGAAAAUUCCACUCCUAGAAAUGGACCUUUUCUUUCUUUUUAUUUUCUUUGUCAAAUGUGUGCAUUUCAGCCUAGGCAACAAAGGAGGCAGAAUCUGUUCCUGGUAACACCUGCAACUCCUCAUUGGUGAAGCAACUGAUGUGUGUGUGCUGUGCUUCAUGCAGAGCUUCUGGUAGCCGAGUGACAGCUCCUGACCGGUGUAACCCAGUACAGACAGAAGGGUUCUCAUCUGGACUUGGUGGUCAGGUGCAGGGAAUUGAUAACCCAGUCUCUAAUGACUAGUUUUGAAGUUGAAAGGUUUGCUUUCGUUUUGUUUUGGGGUGUCUGUCCCCCCCCCUUUGGCCCAAAUGCUAGGUUAUGAUAUAAAGAGCUGGAAUGGUGUGGGAUUGUUGGACAACAGCGCUUGGUGGAGACGAGGGUCUUGGGAAUUGCUGAGAUGGAAAAAUCCUUCAGGCACUGACUUCUUACCCCACGUUGUCCAAAUGCCCACAGGGUCCUGUGUCACGUACUGGUUAACCGGUAGCUGCAGAUAGAAGGGACGUGCUUUGAGUUCCUCCUGUGGCGGAGCCGGAGUUGGCUUUGUCUUUGUUUCCUGUACACAAGGAUGAGCCUGACUUGGCCAAAUA